AUGGAGAACAACUCCACUGCAAUGGAUUCUGGACUCAUGAACGGACGGCCACAGGAUGGGAAUAUGGAGAACAACCAGACUAAAGUGAAGAAACAGGACGGGGCGGCUGCCAUGGAGAUGCAGCCUCUGAAGAGCGCCGAGGGAGGAGAGAUGGAGGAGAAGGAAAAGAAGAAAGCAAAUGUCUCCAAGAAGGAGAAGUCUGUCCUCCAGGGGAAACUGACCAAGCUGGCUGUUCAGAUCGGCAAAGCAGGUCUGGUGAUGUCAGCCAUCACAGUGAUCAUCCUGGUGCUGUACUUUGCUGUGGACAACUUUGUCCUGCAGAAGAGGCCGUGGCUGACGGAGUGCACUCCCAUCUACGUACAAUACUUUGUCAAGUUCUUCAUCAUCGGCGUCACCGUGCUGGUGGUGGCUGUACCCGAGGGGCUGCCCCUGGCCGUCACCAUCUCCCUGGCCUACUCUGUCAAGAAAAUGAUGAAAGAUAAUAACCUGGUCCGCCACCUGGAUGCAUGUGAGACGAUGGGUAACGCUACGGCCAUCUGCUCCGACAAGACUGGCACGUUGACAACCAACCGCAUGACGGCCGUGGCGUGCUACGUGGGGGAUGUCCACUACAAGGAGAUACCAGACCCUGGACUUCUGUCUGUUAAGUCUCUGGAUAUCCUUGUCAACGCCAUCUCCCUCAACAGCGCGUAUACCACCAAGAUACUGCCUGCCACCAAGGAGGGUGGUCUGCCCAUGCAGGUGGGCAACAAGACAGAGUGUGGUCUGCUGGGCCUGGUGCUGGACCUGAAGAGAGAUUACCAGCCCGUCCGCAACCAGAUCCCAGAGGAGAAACUCUACAAGGUGUACACCUUCAACUCGGUCAGGAAAUCCAUGUCCACGGUCAUCAAACUACCAGACGGCUCCUUCAGGAUGUACAGCAAAGGAGCCUCUGAGAUCGUCCUCAAGAAGUGUACUAAGAUCCUGAACCAGGAAGGCGAGCCGCGGCUGUUCCGUCCCCGGGAUAAGGACGAGAUGGUGAAGAAGGUGAUCGAGCCGAUGGCGUGUGACGGGCUGCGGACCAUCUGCGUGGCGUACCGUGACUUCCCUGGCGACCCAGAACCACUCUGGGACAACGAGAACGACAUUCUCAAUGAGCUGACGGCCGUCUGUGUGGUCGGCAUAGAGGACCCUGUCAGACCAGAGGUGCCUUCUGCUAUUGUGCGGUGCCAGCGUGCGGGCAUCACUGUGCGCAUGGUGACAGGUGACAACAUCAACACGGCCAGGGCCAUCGCCAUCAAGUGUGGCAUCAUCCACCCUGGAGAAGACUUCCUGUGUAUCGACGGCAAGGAGUUCAACAGGAGGAUCCGCAACGAGAAGGGAGAGGUUGAGCAGGAGCGCAUGGACAAGGUGUGGCCUAAACUGCGAGUCCUGGCUAGAUCCUCUCCUACCGAUAAACACACACUGGUUAAAGGCAUCAUAGACAGCUGUUUGACAGAACAGAGACAGGUGGUGGCGGUGACAGGAGACGGGACUAACGAUGGACCAGCCCUGAAGAAGGCUGACGUGGGAUUUGCCAUGGGUAUAGCCGGUACAGACGUGGCCAAGGAGGCGUCUGACAUCAUAUUAACGGACGAUAACUUCAGCAGCAUCGUGAAGGCUGUGAUGUGGGGGAGGAACGUCUACGACAGCAUCUCCAAGUUCCCGUUCCAGCUGACUGUCAACGUGGUGGCUGUCAUAGUGGCCUUCACUGGGGCCUGCAUCAUUCGCGUCGUGAACGCAUUCCGUAGCUCCCUCUACGAAGGCUUGGAAAAACCAGACUCUAGACCGUCCAUCCAUAACUUCAUGACCCACCCAGAGUUUAGGAUAGAAGACACCACGCCCCACAUCCCCCUGAUAGACGACACGGAUCUGGAAGAGGACCCUGCGUUGAGGAUGAUCCCCCAAUCCCAGACAGGCAGCCAGCCCCAGUCCCCCAACAAGAACAACAAUGCCGUCGACAGCGGCAUCAACCUCACCAUCGACACCACCAGUAAGUCAGCUGCAUCCUCCAGCCCAGCCAGCCCACUGCACAGUCUGGAGACCUCCCUCUAGUGGCCUGCAGCUGGCUGGUGACCUCAUCUGCAACCUUGGAGACACCAUCCCACUGCAGCCUUGGAGACCUCUAACAGCAUCUUCUGACAGCCUGGCUAGUGGAGACCUCCGUCUGCAAUCUGGAGACCUCCUUCACUGCCACUUGGAGACCUUUCUCUACUGCAAUAUAGAGACUGUUCUCUUGAGGCCUGGUGGAGAUCUCUACUGCAGCCUGGUGGCUCCCACACUGCAGUUUAGAGACUUCUGUCUUUCAGUCUCUUGGAUACCUCCUUUGUCUGCAGUUUGGAGACCUUCCUCUAGCCUCAGUCUGUCUCCUGCUCUCUCCUCCUGUACUUGGAGAAAACAUCAUACCACACAUACAAUCAGAAAGCACAACAAAGCCAACACACAUGACAUGUGUGUGUGUGUGUGUGUGUGUGUGUGUGUGUGUGUGUGUGUGUGUGUGUGUGUGUGUGUG